GCAAAAAUGAAAAAGCGGUGAUCAUCCAAAUUCAAUACCUGAUACCUGAAGUAAAUCAUCUGCUCCAGUUAUACGAAUAGAAGUACUGAUAACUUAUCCACAUGCUCCAGAGGUGAACAGUGCUAACAUUUCCGAAGUGAGAUGUCGGUGAACGAAGUGCGUGGCGUUGAUUUGAUCACUCAAGUGUUCAGUCCAAGAGUGGCGCUCUUGUCUUCGACUGGGGCGGAAAAACUGGCCCAGAAGAAUAAUUUAUCUCUGGUGCAACUGUUGAGACCUUUUGCUCAGAUGAGAACUGAAGCGGCUCUUAGAGAUCCAUACAACAACACUGUCCAUGAGGUCAGAAACCUGAAGUUAAAAUUUGAACUGAUGGAGAGCAACGACCUCGUGCCAGACUCUUCAACUGUCACCCAGCUUCUCAACGCCGUAGUUUCAGAUUCCCUCUCAAAGAUCAAUGGAGCCAAGGUUAACUCCAAAUAUGGUUCCUACAACUUAAACAUGCAUUCAUCAGCGCCCUGGUUCGAAUCAUUCCGAAACCAUUUUAUGCGUACGUUGCCAGUAUCCCAACACGAGUUCACAAGGCAUUUCGUGGCAUGUCUUCUAGUCGUCUCCUCAUCAGAACCCGAUCCAAAAACUCAGUUUGCUAACCUAGAAAAGCAAUUCAGAGAAAAUCUAGCCGAAUUUGGAUCGCAGCGUUGGUUUACAUCGGAUAUUUUGUGCUGCCGUGUUUUGAUUCACGACGUUGCGGAAGGAGACGAGAAAGCGGCCUCGGAGUUAAUUCAGGAACUUAAAAAUGAAAUCGGCCGUGGACCUCAUUUAAGCUACCUGCUUUCUAUAAACAGUCGCAGGGUAUUUGAAGUACAAGAAAUAGUAAAAAGCAAUAACAAAUACGGGCCCAAAAUGGUGGAUCCGUGGAAACGCUUUCUAUUCGAUAACCUCAAACAACCUACUCAAAAAGCGAUCAAAAGUAAAAGUGCUGACCGGGGAUCGAAUCUGGAUGCGUCGAAUGGCAGUACAGAAUCUUCACAGAUUAGACAUCCACUUGAUAUGCCUCAAAGUCCAAACGGAGUUUCAGACCCAGACUCUUCGCCUGAUAGUUUCGCACCGAUUACCGGAGAAAAUUCAUAUCACGGUUUGUAUUUGACAUCAGCCGACCAGGAGGUAAUAAGAUCCUUUGUUGAUGAGUUUAUAAGACGUGCACUUUUGCCUCACUACGAAAAGCAGAUCAGAAGUUUGUAUGAUCAACUUGUGGCGAAGAAGGCGAUCUCGAAAUCGUUUUUCUCUGCUACCAAAAAGUGGUUUGCAAGUGGCAGAACGGCGAACUACCCGAUGCAUUUCGGAUCCGCGGAGAGCUCGAACUUCUACCCUCCAGAAGCUUCGGAGGUGCAGCUUCGGAAACUGGGAGACUUAGCGUUUCUAUUCCAAAUGUACGACAUUGCCUAUAACAUCUAUUAUCAGUGUAAGGGCGAUUUCUCAAGCGACGGCGCACAUCUAUUUUAUGCCGGAAGUUUAGAAAUGACAGUUUUUUGUCAGUUCAUGCUUGGGAAAUCAUUGACGACAAGUUAUAUUGACACUGCAGUUUCAGCUUAUCUUUACCAAUGUAGAAAUUACAACUAUGCGUUGAGAUGCUGUUUGCUUUGUAGUGAAAUUUUGCUCUGCAAGUCAGUUUUUCUAGAAGCCAGCACAAAUUUUCUGAAACUCACUAGUGAAGAAUCGGAUUUAAAAAGCGCUCUGUUGUUGGAGCAAGUUGCAUUUUGCUAUAUCAAUGCAAGAGGGUUCCCGAAGCCUAGAAAGUUUGCGUUUUACAUGAUAUUAGCGGGUUACAGAUACAACAAAGCGGAUCAGAAACAUCAUCUUUUGAGAACUUAUGAGUUGGCUCAGCAAGUUUUCAAAAAUUCAACUUGGUCGCAUGCGGAAGACAAUAUUAAUUUGACUAUUGCUAAGCACUCGCAUAUUGUCGGAAAGUUAGAUAUAGCAACACAGUCUUAUUUGCACCUGCUGACAAAAAAUUCAAUGGACAAAUCUAACCAACAGGCAAAUUUUUUCCAGGAUUUCAUAACUUGCUUUAAAGAGUACAUAGAGUUUAAGCGAGAUUCGAGUUCGGCAAAAUUGUCUGAAGUAAUGUUGCCUUAUAUUAAUUCUCAGGCUGUGGUGGUAACUUACGGAGCCUUGCAGCGGGAUUCAAAUUUCGAAGCACAUUUCAUACAAAGUUCACAUUGGGUCAGUUUAGAAAAAGCUGCGACCUUGUUUGUAACGAAAGCCAAAACUAUUCCGAUUACUUGGAAACCUUCCAUCCAGGUACUAAGCCAGACGACAGUGAAUAAUAUCAAGCCAAGAACAGCCAGAAACGAACCGGUUAAAAUUAAGUUACAACUUGAAAAUACGAUGAAGUUUCAUCUUUAUCUGGAGAAAAUUCACCUUCUUUGGAAUCUAAAACGAACAGAUUGUGAAGAUUUGAUAGAAAACGAAAGUGAUAUAUUAGAGGGGAAUAAAUACAUUAAGACGGAGGUUAUAAACGAGUUGUCUUUUGAUAACUUGGAGAUCAAAAGUGUGAGUUUGGGCAUUAUUCCGUGUGUCGAGGGCGAUGUUAAUAUUGUGGGCGUGGCUUACAAUCUCUGUUCUGGUGCUGCAGAUACGACUUUCAACCGGAAAACUGUCAGGGUGAAACAGAAUCUGAAUGUAGUAGGUCCCAAACUGAACUCGACUCGGGAUGACAGGCUAGCCAAUGCCAGGGGUCCAGACUUCAGGCUGCAAUUCACAGUAGUGUCCCCCCAGCCACUCCUGGAAGUCCAAUUCUCACCCCUCCCCUCUGAAAUACUGUGCGGAGAGCUACACACUGCUAGGGUGACAUUCCACAAUCGAGGUCAGAUCCCUAUAAAUUCCCUCGUCGUCUCUUCCAAAGAUGUCGGUUACUUUGCCUUCGGACACGCGGACCCAAACAUGUUAGGUAGUGUUCAAAACGGUGCUCAGUUCUCACCAAACUCAGUGGCAGAAGUUUUCGAACUUACCUUACCGGAGGGAGUUUUACUACCUGGUCAGGGAAUCACCAUGUCCUUUUGGAUCCGAGGAAUGACUAAUGCUGGUCGAUAUUCUAUAUCGUUGUUGUUUCUGUACAAGAACAAAACCUCAGACUCAGCUAUGCCGCAUAGAAUUGUGAAGAAGUCUUUUGAGAUUGAAGCGCGACAAUCGCUAUCGGCCAACUGCAUCAAAAACAGAAAUUUCGACCAGUCCUUUCAACUUGUUUUCUCCCUGCAUAAUCUCUUACAAAACUUAAACAGUCAAUGUUUAUCUUCGUUUACUCUAGCUACCUUAAUAUGUGUGAGUAAAAAGUGGAUAAUUAAUAGGUCACAAAAUGGCAUUGUGGUCGAUACAAGUAAGAUCAACGAACAAGAGCAGCUGAAUUUUGAGGUCAGAUUAGACAGAAUUGUCGGCGAGGAAGAUAACGUCAUAUCGAUAAUCUCGAGUGAAACUCCGAGCGAAGUGAAACUAAUUCCGUUUAAUGAAUUCCUUGUCCGAAACUCGGUAAUGUUUCCAGAGAUCAAAACGACGAUUCAAAGUCCGAAGAAAAGUGGAGAAUCUAAAGUCCAUCCGUUAAGCUACGCUGGAAGCUCGGUGAAAACAGCAAUUAAAGCAAGCGUUGAUGUCACCUUCAUUUUUGAAUGGAAAGUCAAUAUCGAAACUCCAGAGAAGAAAGUGCAAACUUCAGGUAUGCAUUAUUACACUUUGGAUGAAAUUGACUAUGAGAAAUCGGAUUCGCCUAUACCUGAUGUUGCUUUGUCGCAAAAUGCAAAUUUGCCCUACCUUGUGAGAUACGAAAUGAAAUACGACUCAAAUUUGGAAUACCGAAUCGAAAAAUCGUUUGCGAAAGUUGACGUUUCAGUUCAGUUUUACAACUGCAGCGAGCAACUGGUCGAGGUCAAAUUGUUUUUGCCCGAAAGCCCAACACCCUCCUCGGUUUUCAGUCUGGAUAAAUUGGGUUUGAGAGAGAGUUUUUCGUUUUGGUGGGUCUGUAAGUCAACUUGGGUGCUCUCAUUGCCCGCCUUGGGGCGAAAAGAAAUCAAACUGAAGGCUUGUUUUUUCAAACCAGGAACGUAUAAUCUGAAUAACGUGUCAGUGUUAGCCUCAUUUAACUCGACGGUUUACAAAUUUGUGGAACAAGAUUGCAUGUCGGCGACGUUUAUCACAAUAAAACCGAGUUUGAAUCCCGAACUGCCGUGAAAUAACAAAAAUUGCUCAAAUGAGUUUGACAGAUUGGGUUCCUGGAAUACAUUCAAUAUAUGUAAUUUAAUUGUGUUAAUUUUUUCAAAUUCUUUUUCCUUUUGCCACAAAACAAUUCAUGGUAACAUGUGUUCACUUAUAUUAUGUAGCUUUGCCUAAUUUCUUUGGAUAGAUUUCAAUUUUAGUCCAUUUGGCUCGAAGGAUGAUUAUUCUUUGUUUAAAUUGUAAAUUGAGUAGUUAAUUAAAAUUGAGUAUAAUGAUUUGACAUGUGAUACAUACGAUACUUAUAUAAAUUGGGAGAAUAUUUUUUCA